AUGAACUCACAAUGCCUCUCCAGCGGCACCACGGACGCCUCAUUCGCACCCGAAACGAGGGAAGAUGUCCCGAGAAUUUCCCCACAAUGGUGGAGUCGAGCCGCAACAGUGCUGCGUUCGACUCCCGCUGGGGGUGUGCUGAGAGGAUCUGGGCGAGGUCGAAACCGCAGCGAGGGUCAUAGUUGGCCCCUCUCGCUGACGAUGCCGGCCACACGUCUGGGAGUGCACCAAUUCAGCGAUCCGAUGCCGGAAAUUAUUGUGAAUACUUUGGCAGGUGGACGCACAACCGGUCUUUCUGUCGCUCCGACCAAGUUUCGAAACCAACACACGCUUAAUAUGGGAAUAGGUCAGCUCUACUCGUGUGAUUGUGGGAAAAUCGCACUACUAGUCGUUCAUCCCCUUAAACGAAAUAGGGUGAAUACAUUUCAUAGAACUGAUUUACUGGUAGCCUCGAAAACCUGCUUACAUACGAAAAAUAAGAUGUCGCGAGGACUGUGCCAACCUGAAUGUCGUAUUUUAAAAAAAGACAAACCGCUACUGGAAAACGCGUCUUCCGAUGAGAUUGGCCUAUGA